AUGCUUGAUUCUUUAAACUCUACACAAACUCACAAUACAGAUACACAAGAAAAGCCAAAAUGGACUAAGACAAAAAUUACUAUACUCGUUACUAACAUUCUUGCUUUCCUUACAUUUAUUGCCGUAAUUGUAUUAUCUUACAAAGUUCGUUACGCCAUUCCAAACGGACGUCCAUCACCAUUAGAUGAUCUUGUUAAGAAAUUCUACGAUGCUUUACCAGAAUCCCUUAUUCCAGAUUCAUUUGCUGUCGAUGAAAUUUAUAGGAAUCCAGCCACAAACCAAGCCCAACGUGGAACAUGCUGGGCAUGGUCUACACUUUACCUUCUUGAAACCCAAUAUCGUGCUCAAGGCAUCAAACAAGGAUAUCUUAAGCCAGAUGAAUAUGUUAAAUUCUCAAUGCAAGCAUUUGGUGCAUUCCUUGGCAAUUGGUGCAGAGCUCAUCCAGAUACAAAGGAAUGCCAUUACGGUAACUUCCUCAAACCACAGCCAUCAACAGAUGAUGGACAAGUCGAAGGCCUUCCAAUCUACUACGAAGACGUAGAGAACCUUUCCAAGUCUAUCGUUCCAGAUGCUGUUUGCCCAUACAUUGAAACAGGAAGCCCAUCAACAGACUUCAAAUGUGACAACCUCGAAGACGCUCUUAAGGCAAAUCCAAUCUCCUUCAAGAUCAAAUCAUUCGAAACAGCAUACGAUACUCGCCAUAUCAAGCAACUUCUCUAUACAAAGCAGCGCCCACUCGGAAUUGGCAUUCCUCUUGGUUCCAUUGCUUACUACGUAUCAUGUGAUGAUCCAAACUUCGCCAACCUCGAGCAGUGCACCAAGAAAUCCUUCCUUUGCCCAGAUUCCCAGACAGAAGACAAAUAUUGCGCUAAAUUACUCUUCUACGGCUACACAUCCGAUGGCACAUUCGUUUCCAUCGGCAAGGCCAUCCGCCAGAACUCAAUUGGUGGCCAUGCAAUGAAUGUUGUCGGAUACAACGACAAUUGGCGCUACAACAACCGCUUUACCACCAACAAUUCCGUUCAGAACUCCAAGGGCUGCUUCAUCCUCCACAACUCAUGGGGCUCUGGCGGUCAUUCUAUCGAAUAUUUGAUGGGCCGUCGUACAGUCGAGAACGAAAUGACACAAUGUCCAAACGUUCUUGGUCCAGAGAGCUGGAUCCCAGCCACAAUCGAUUGCAUUACUCAAAACAACAAAAAUGUUACUAAAUGCUCCAAUGAUAUCGAGCGCGUCAGAGGAAAAGGCUUUGCCAACCACGCAGACCUUCUCAACUGCUCGCACGUAUUCGCUGGAGCCGCAACUGACUUCCCAACCUGCCAAUUCAAUCACAGUUACGUACUCAAGCGCAAAGCAGACGACACAAUCGAUACUUACGAACUUCCUAAUGGACUCCACUCCACAGGAUUCAUCACAUGGAGCGAGGAAGAUCCAACACCGAAGGAAGUCAGAAUCGAGACUGUUCCUUUCUGGGCUCUCAACAGAUACCUCAAACCAGUCGAUGCUGCUAAGUAUCCAAACAACGACCAGGAGUGCGGCUUUUACGCCCUUCCUUACCAGAUGGUCGAGAACAUGAGGAGAAGAGCUUACGACCUCUUCGACAACUUCAAGGUCUCUGAUAUAGAGAUUGAGUUCGACGAACACUCAUACGCAAGAAGCCCUGAGUCAUGGAAGUACGACACUAAGUACUUGAACGCUUCUACUUACAAACAGCACGAUACCGUCUUCGAUGGAGCGCUUCCGUUCGAUCUCGUCUAUUAA